UGUUGAAUCGUUGUCAUAUGCUGAAAAAUAAUGAUAAUUGGGGAAUAUAAUAACAAAUUUGUGGAAACGAAUAUAUAUAGUUGAAAUUCUAGAGAGAGAGAGAGAGAGAGAGAGAGAGAGAGAGAGAAGUCUUGUGGAACAACGCUGAAUCUGUUGAGACUGGUGGACUGGGAAGAAAGGAAUUUUUAGUGUGUGUACUCUGUGUGUGUUUGUGUGAUGGGAGAUGAGAAGUCUUUCAGCGUAAUGGGCAGCAGCAGCAGAGAAAGAGAUCGCGAGCUUCUAAUACCGGUGGGGGACUCCGUUGACCACCGCCGGGAUGACGACGGCGCCCCCUCUGCCUCAUCCAAGCCCUCCUCAUCGGUUUCCUCCUCCCACCAUCAUUCCGGCCGCGAGACAUUUUACAAAGUUGUGCGGAGCUGGGCUUCAAAGAAGUUCAUGACUGGAUGUGUCAUCCUCUUUCCAAUAGCUAUUACUUUCUAUAUAACAUGGUGGUUCAUUCAUUUUGUGGAUGGCUUCUUCUCUCCUAUUUAUGCUCAACUUGGGAUUGAUAUAUUUGGUCUGGGAUUUGUGACCUCCAUUACUUUUAUCUUUCUGGUUGGAGUAUUUAUGUCAUCAUGGUUGGGGGCUUCUGUUUUGAGCCUUGGAGAGUGGUUCAUCAAGCGUAUGCCAUUUGUUCGUCAUAUUUACAAUGCCUCUAAGCAAAUUAGUGCUGCCAUAUCGCCUGAUCAGAAUACACAGGCUUUCAAGGAAGUGGCUAUUAUUAGGCAUCCACGUAUUGGUGAAUAUGCAUUCGGGUUCAUCACUUCAUCUGUGAACCUUCAGAGUUAUUCAGGAGAGGAAGAGCUAUGCUGUGUGUAUGUCCCCACAAACCAUCUUUAUAUUGGUGAUAUAUUCCUGGUCAAUGCUAAAGAUGUUAUUAGACCAAACUUAUCUGUCAGAGAAGGAAUUGAAAUUGUUGUGUCUGGUGGCAUGUCAAUGCCCCAAAUCCUAUCUACCUUGGAUCCAAGAACUAUUCAAGUGGAUAGAAUUAGACCUGACAGAAGCUGAGAUUGCUUGAAAGUAGAUGUGGCCAAAGCAUUACCUCUUUCCCAGUCUGCAUUCAAGAUUUACCCACUGCCAUAUUCCCAUAGUUUACUACAAAUGAUGGUAUCCAACUUGGAGUGCAAAUUUACAUCAUUGACUUUGAAGUGUUAGAUUAUCACGAGCAACAGUUAUUGCAGGGAACGAGGUUAACAAGGCGGAUAUGUGAAAAUAUAGCGGCUUAUGUUUCUCUUACAAAAAGUAGUUGAGUUUUCAAGUUAAUGUGUUAGUUUGGCUUUCUUAUCCUUGAGCUUCUGUUUAGUUUACUUUUUGUGAUCAGCUAUUUAUGUCUUCUGAAUUUAGUUUUGAACUGCCGCAGUUUAUUGUAUAUAAGGAUAAUGUGAAACCUUCCCCCUCCCAGAUCAUAAGACUCCAUUGUUUCUUAC